CUCAUCCCAAGAGGGGCUUCACUUCUUCUCUACUUCUCUCUUCUUCCUUUCACAUCGUCCUCUUUCUCAUCUUCGUUAACUAUCUUCCAAUUCAGCUGUCUUCUUGACCCUCUGUCUUUUUCUCUUCCACUCUCUUGGCAGAUAUCUUCCCCCUUGAUCGUCACCCAAUCGCCCUAUCAAUCCAGCCUGCGUCCUCCAUGCCUCAUUUCCUUACAGGCUAGCACUUCUCCCCAAGCUGUGCGCUGGUGGGACGUUGCAUUUGCGUGAUCCCCUGCGUCCACUGUGCUGGAUUUUCGACGUGACAACAUACAUUCUUUUUGUGUUCCCCAACAACUGUGCUUCUCUCGUGAUAAGACGAUCCCCAACUGUCGUCUAUCCUACUAUACCCCUCCCCUCGGAUUGAUUCUCCCGUUGACUUGCCAUCACAAUCACCAUCAUGGCGGACUUACUUGCCUUUCAUACCUACCAUACUCGCCAUUCCUUCCUCUCUCCCUCCACUAUGCUUUCGCGCCCGACCACCCAUCGACGCUCCAUCUCCUCCGAAAAUCGAUCCCUCUCCCCCGAUCGCACCUUGACCAAAGCCCGCUCGGUCAGUGAUCUAUUUGGGAUCGCAACCGACCGUCCCGAAUCCGGCAAUCGGUCCUCGAGUGUCGGGAACUUCGCCGACGGCGGUUUCAGUACCCUCCAGGACCCUCGACUCAUCAACAACAGUUCCGACUCCUCCGAAGCAUCCUCGCCCGAUAAUACUCAUCAUCCCGCCCUGAGUAAUGAAGUCGCCGCCUUGAGCGUCAAAUUGGUCCAGGCGAUCAAUAACCAGACCAUCCUGGACGAUAAUCUGGCCGUCGCCCGCCAGGACUUAGAGCAGGCUCGCUCGAGGGUUACCGUCCUCGAGCAGGAGAAUCUUCGAUACCGGCGAGACAUCGACAUGGAAGUCCUCAUCAAGAAGUCCGAUGUCGAAUACGACAUGCUGCGCCUCAAGGCCGCCCUCGCCGACGAAAAGGCCCAGCGUGCCCUCAUCGAAAAGGAGAAGAAGGGGAUCGAGCAAGAACUCGAAACGCUGACGGCGGCCCUGUUUGAAGAAGCUAACAAGAUGGUUGCGGCCGCCAAGCUCGAGCGCGAGGCGGUAGAGAAGAAGAAUGAACAGCUGCGCGCCCAGAUCAAGGACACGGAAUCGCUGUUGGCCUCCCAGCAGGACCAACUGGCGGAGCUGAAGUCGGUGCUGCAAGGUGUCACGCUCAACAGCAAGGACGAACUCGAAGUCCGGACUACGGCAUCGACCGCCCCGUCGUCCCCCACCGCAUCGCGCGAGCCGUCUGCCGUUGCCAACUCCAUCGAGCCCCCCAUGUGUCCGCAAGAGUCGCCGCCACCGGUCGAGGAGCUCCUCCCAGGCCCCUGCACCAGCUUCCCGCAUCUGAUCCGGACUGUGAGCCGGACGGACCUGCAGGCCUUCGAGGAUUUCCGGGAGCUGUUCACCUUGUCGACCACGGCUUCCAAACCCGCCAGUCGCGCGCCCAGCGGGUCGUACGCCGGCUUGAAUGUCAUGAGUCUGGCCAGUUUUGGCAGCAGCGCUUUCGGAUCGGCGGCGUCGUCGCCCGCGAAAUCUCAAAUGCACUCGCCGCACGGGAGCCUGUCGUCCCCGCAGCCCACGGGCUCGUCCAUCCCGUUGAAGGAUACGCGCUUCUACAAGCGGGCGCUGGUCGAAGACAUCGAGCCCACGCUCCGCCUGGAUGCGGCUCCGGGCAUCUCUUGGCUGACCCGUCGCUCGGUGAUGAGUGGCAUCUGCGAUGGAACCCUGGUGGUGGAGCCCAUGCCCCUUGCCUCCAAGAAGUACGAAUUUCCGUGCUCCCUCUGCGGGGAGCGCCGCCCCGGAACCGCCAACGAACGGACGCAUCGUUUCCGAACGUCGGAUAGCGAGACGGCGCAACGAUACCCCCUCUGCGUGCUCUGCGUCGAGAGGGCACGAUCCUCAUGUGAAUUCACCGGCUAUCUCCGUCUGAUCCUCGAUGGACACCUCCGCCUCGCGGACGUGGGUGAGGAGAAAUAUGCCUGGGAAGAGACCAUCCGAUUGCGGGAGCGCAUGUUCUGGUCUCGCAUCGGCGGGGGCAUCAUUCCCAUCUUUACCGCGCCGAUCAGUUACGCAUCUCCCCCCGACAGUCUCGAUCCGUUGCCCGAGACAGACGUCGACGACGACCGGGAAAUAUCCCCGCGCGACGUGACAGGCAACGGUCGCGAAGGUACUCCACCACCGACCGAGACCCCCGAUCGCCGUGAUGACCGGUCCGAGACCAACGAGGAUAGCGACCACGAGUCCAUCUAUGAGGACUCCUUCAUUUCCAUGGCCCCCGAGUCUCCUAUCCACAGCGAGGCAGCGACCGUGCAGGUUGGAAAGGCGGAGACGCAGGCAUCGAGUCCCGCCCAGGCCGACUCGGCAGAGAAGACUAUCGAAUCUGUGACGGUGACGCCUUCACAUCGAGAAGAUGCCCAUGACCGCCCUGUCCCCGAUGCCCAACAAUGAUGUGUACUGCACCCUAGAGGACCACCGGUGUCCAUUCUCCUUUAACGACAUCCGCCGCCUCCUUACGCUUUUCUCAUCCACUUCUGCUCUUCCUUUUUACCUUUUUUCUCUCUUCAUUGACUCGGAGUUGAUCCUUCUCUUCAUGCGUGUGCACUACUAACAGUCCCCGGGCUUCCGGGUAACACACGGCCUGUAUUAUUACUACGGACGAGAUUCCUAAUGUUUGUAUACUUAAUAUUUCUUUCUUACUCUUUCCACCACCCGGCGUUUCGUGAUAUCGUGACGGUUCGUUUCUCU